GCCACUGGCCGGCACAUCGCACCCGGGUUUCUGUUCCUUCAACCAUCAAGUAAGAACUGAGGGACUGCUGGCCCAGAGUUAAUGGUACCUUUUUGGGGGUGAACAGCCACACUGACCCCUAGUGGUGCCCGUGUCCCUGUACAGACUGUCAAGGCCCAGGCCACCUGGACCGACUUCAUCUUAUGGAGCCUCACGGGGAGAAGCCAGGAGAGGCGGAAGGGGUGCGUGUCACACCCCAGCUGCUCAAGUCGCGCUCUGGCGAGUUUGCCCUGGAGUCCAUCUUGCUGCUGCGGCUGCGAGGCUUGGGGCUGGGGGACCUGGGCUGCUUGGGCGAGUGCCUGGGCCUCGAGUGGCUGGACCUGUCGGGCAACGCGCUCACCCAGCUAGGCCCCCUGGCCUCCUUGCGCCAGCUGGCUGUCCUCAAUGUCGCCAACAAUCGGCUGACGGGGCUGGAGCCACUGGCCGCCUGUGAGAACCUACAGAGUCUCAAUGCCGCAGGCAACCUGCUGGCCACGUCUAGCCAGCUGCAGUGUCUGGCCGGGCUCCGGGGCCUGGAGUACCUGCGGCUCCGGGACCCUCUGGCCAGGCUCAGCAACCCACUCUGUGCCAGCCCCUCCUACUGGGCAGCGGUCCGAGAGCUGCUGCCUGGCCUGAAGGUCAUCGAUGGUGAGCGUGUGACUGGGCGAGGCAGUGAAUUCUACCAGCUGUGCCGGGACCUGGAUUGCUUCUUGCAGCCCAGCUCCAGCCCAGGCCCUAGCACCACCGAGGCCCAGCCCUGGGUGGAGCCAGGGUACUGGGAGGCCUGGCCACCCCGGAGCAGCUCCAUCCUGGAGGAGGCCUGCCGGCAGUUCCAGGACACCCUGCAGGAGUGCCGAGACCUGGACCGCCAGGCCGGCGACACCCUGGCCCAGGCCGAGCAGGCACUCAGCCCUGCGGGCGCCACCUCAUCGUUUGUCUUCUGAAUGUGCCCCGUGGCAUGGGACGGACAGCCUGGCACAUGGCAUGGUGUCAGCACAGUGUCGCCUCGCUGCUCACAUCUCCCCUCCUGCCUCUGCACUUGUCUUCAUGGUUUCAUCAUGGUGGUCACUGUCCCUGCACUGGGCUCUUCGUUUAUCCCUGUUUCUAAGGGCAGAUCCCUCCCUCCCACUCCUACCUCCAGAAAAUUCCACUCUGCGUUCUUCAGGGGAACACCUCCCGGUGCCCGAGCAGGUGUUGCCCUUCGUUAGCAGCCGACACGUGUGAGGCUGUCCUGCACCUCUGCCCUGUGCCUCAUCUGCACUCCUGGCCGCUCCGGCCUCGGAAGGAAGAAAGCUGCUCUCCCUGUGGUUAAAGGUGGCAAAGGAAGGGCUGGAGCGCCGCCUUCCCGGUGGGCGUGGGCGUCACAGGCACAGCACGGAUGCCUUGCCCGAGCCCUGGGUCUCCUGGAGCCUUCACUGCCCGUCCUCGCCCAUG